UCCAAACCAGCCCACCUUGCACCACACCACCCAUUGCGCACCAUGAACACCAUCAGCCCCCCACCGCAAAUAAAGCGCAUAUCAGGCGGAAAGCGCGUCCUCGGCGUCGCCCUCGGGCUCACGGGCGCACUGGGCGCAAACCUCCUCCUCGGCUACAGCGUAUCCAGCUUCUACACGCGCAACACGAAAUUCAUUCCCUACGACACCUCAUCCCCCGACCUCGCAACCGACAUAGCGCGCAAGCACAACCCUAGCAACAAUCCACCUGCGUGCAUCGACCACGCGGUCAAGACGGUGCCGUAUGCGAAGUUACCGCAGAAGUACUGGGUGAGGGGGAAGGGCGAGCGGAUUAGCGUUGAUCAGGGGGCGUUGACGACGGAUUUUUGUAGGGGGGUUUGGAGUGGGGUUGCGUAUCGCGUGCAGAGGCGGUAUUUGGAGAGGAAGUAUCGCGCUUUGGAGGGGAGGGGGGGGCAGCUUUGGGAUGUUAAGGAACUGGAGAAGUCGGACUACAAGGUGGGGACGGUGGUGACGGAUCAUUUUGAGGUGUUGGAGCAUACGGAUGAGAAGGUUGUUGUGAGGUGCGGUGACUCGCCGCUUAAGCAGGAUCGGCGGCCUGGGGAUGGGCUGUUUAGUAUGGAGGUUACCAAGGAUGAUGAGGCGCAGUUGGCGACUUUUCAUCUGAAGAGCGUGUUUGUGAAUACGACGCCUGAGGGGAAGGAUACGGAGCCGUUGCCGUGGAACUUUCAGUUUGCGCAUCGCUGGUAUACGAAGCUGUGGAUGGAGAGUGCUACGCGCAAGCUGUUGCAGUAGGUGGGCAAGUGUGGGAUGGGCUGCAAGAUUUCAGGGGGGUGGGUUGGGGUUCAAUGCGGAAUUGGGCAGCAUCAGUUAGUGCUGUAGAAGUGAAGUAUGGAGAUGAGGUGUGAGAUGCACGAUGAGAGGCUGUCUCGUUGUCACACGUAAAGAUUUGCGCAUAAUGAAUGCUCAGAUGCAUAUACACCCC